AUUUUCCAAAACCUUUACCCCCUUACUCUCAUUUUCAGCGCCAUCGCCGCCGCUACCUCUGCCGCCGACGCCAUGAACCUCUCAUCGUCCUCCUCUUUAAGACUCGAUACUAACUCCAUUUCCACCAGAGCAGCUGUAGCAGUCCCAUUCAAUGGACCCCAAUCUUACCGAAUUCCCUUUGGCGGGACGGGUCUGAGGAAAGUGGUAAAGUUCAGCCCCGCUUGCUCCUCUGCAGCCAAGCCGGUGGAUGCUGUGGUGGAUAAGCAGCCGCAGAAGGUGGGUGAGUUGGGCGCCCGUGGGCUGAGUCGAAUUGAGUCCCUGAGUCAAGUUUCGGGGGUGCUGGGUUGCCAAUGGGGCGAUGAAGGGAAAGGAAAGCUCGUUGAUAUUUUAGCUGAGCAUUUCGACGUCGUUGCUCGAUGUCAGGGUGGAGCUAAUGCUGGACACACUAUAUAUAACUCAGAAGGCAAAAAAUUUGCCCUUCACCUUAUUCCUUCAGGAAUUCUUAAUGAGGAACCCCUCUGUGUUAUUGGCAAUGGCGUUGUGGUGCACCUGCCAGGAUUCUUUAAAGAAAUAGACAGUCUUGAAUCUAAUGGAGUCUCUUGUAAAGGAAGGAUCUUGGUAUCUGAUCGUGCUCACUUGUUAUUUGAUUUUCAUCAAGUUGUUGAUGAACUUAGAGAAGCUGAGCUUGCCAAAUCCUUUAUUGGAACCACCCGGAGAGGCAUUGGACCUUGCUAUUCAAGCAAAGUUAUCCGGAAUGGUAUAAGAGUAAGUGACUUGAGGCAUAUGGAUACUUUUCCACAGAAGCUUGAUCUUUUAUUAUCAGAUGCAGCUUCAAGGUUCCAAGGUUUUAACUAUGGCCCUGACAUGCUCAGGGAAGAAGUUGAACGGUACAAGAGAUUUGCUGAGAGGUUGGAACCCUUUGUCGCUGAUACUGUGCAUGUCAUGAAUGAAGCUAUCUCUCAAAAGAAGAAAAUUUUAGUGGAAGGUGGUCAGGCAACCAUGUUAGAUGUUGACUUUGGAACAUAUCCAUUUGUAACUUCUUCCAGUCCUUCAGCUGGAGGUAUCUGUACUGGUCUUGGAAUUGCUCCUAGAGCAGUUGGUGAUCUUAUUGGAGUGGUUAAAGCCUACACUACUAGAGUUGGUUCAGGACCCUUUCCAACAGAAAUUUUGGGGAAAGGUGGCGACCUUCUUAGGUUUGCUGGACAAGAAUUUGGCACAACAACUGGUCGCCCUCGUCGUUGUGGCUGGCUUGACAUAGUUGCUCUCAGAUACUGCUGCCAAAUCAAUGGCUUUUCUUCUCUGAACCUCACCAAACUUGAUGUUUUAUCAGAUCUACCUGAAAUUCAGUUAGGUGUUUCAUAUGGACAAAUUGAUGGUGCUCCAAUCAAAUCAUUCCCUGCAGAUCUUCGAGUUUUGGAGCAAGUCAAAGUGGAAUAUGAAGUUUUGCCAGGGUGGCAGUGUGAUAUAUCUUCUAUCAGAAACUACUCGGAUCUACCCAAGGCUGCACAUCAGUAUGUUGAAAGGAUAGAAGAACUUGUGGGUGUACCCAUUCAUUACAUUGGUGUCGGGCCAGGACGUGAUUCCCUUAUAUACAAAUGAGGUUUUGAAGCUCUGCUUAGGGUCUCCUUGAUGAGAUUAUCACUUUGCCACAGCCGUGGCAGGAAUAGUGCCCCUAUUUUUUGAAUGGCUAAGGUUAUCAAUUUGGUGACAUUAUGUAUGUAUUCGUCAUUUACGAAGGCUGCUCUGAAUUUCCAUGUAGUGAAUUCUCAUUCAAGUUGAGCCUUUAAGGAAAUUCUGUAGGUUGAUGUAUUGUCGAAGGCAAAGACACAUUAGAAAGCAAAUUCGAGUUGUUUGGGGUGGCUGCAGCAGAGGGUGGCAACAAGGUUCUAGGGAGCUCCAGUAUUUGAAUGAUUCAGUUGCAGAGCAACCUGCAUAUAUUAGAUUCGAAUGCUUGUUUUCGGUUGUUGUCCUGUUAACUUAGUAUCCUGGUUUUGCAGAACUACUUUAGCAAUAAAUAACAAAUCUUCAGUUGACAAAAGCAA